CUUACCCCUCACAGCGCUGAUGGCACCUACGAGGUGUCCUUUUACUCCAACGCGGUGGUCUCACAUGACGGCAGCAUCUUCUGGUUGCCCCCCGCCAUCUACAGAAGCGCCUGCAGGAUCGAAGUCAGGCAUUUCCCCUUCGACCAGCAGAACUGCACCCUCAAGUUCCGCUCCUGGACCUACGAUCGGACGGAGAUGGACCUGGUGCUGCGCUCGGACGUGGCUAGCCUGGAUGACUUCACCCCGAGUGGCGAGUGGGACAUAGUGGCCCUGCCGGGCCGGCGUAAUGAGAACCCAUACGACCACACCUACGUGGACAUCACAUAUGACUUCAUCAUCCGGAGGAAGCCUCUCUUCUACACCAUCAACCUGAUUAUCCCCUGCAUGCUGAUCACCUCCUUGGCCAUCCUGGUCUUCUACUUACCUUCAGACUGUGGGGAGAAGAUAACCCUGUGCAUCUCCGUGCUGCUGGCCCUCACCGUCUUCCUGCUCCUCAUCUCCAAGAUUGUGCCGCCCACCUCGCUGGACGUGCCGCUCAUGGGCAAGUACCUGAUGUUCACCAUGGUGCUGGUCACCUUCUCUAUCGUCAGCAGCGUGUGCGUGCUCAACGUGCACCACCGCUCGCCCACCACCCACACCAUGCCCGCCUGGGUGCGUUUGGUCUUCCUGGACAAGCUGCCUGGUCUGCUGUUCAUGAAAUCGCCCAGGGAACACUGCACCAGGCAGCGGCUGCGGGAGCAGCGGGGCACCCUGCCAGGGUGCCAAGGAGGAAGAGGUGGUGGGAGGUGGCAUCCAUCCAGGAGUGGCACCUGCCUCGUCAACCAGGGGGCACCCAUGGGUGGGUGCAAGGUCCGUGUCUUGGAGCUGCCGGAGGCUGUGAAUGGGAAGCGAGAUUGCCAGAAGGAGGCGGUGGGCGAUGAGUCUGGCAGCCCAAGGUUUGCAGAAAUGAUGGAUGGAGUGGAAUUCAUCGCCCAUCACAUGAGGAGCAACAAUGAUGCUCAAAGCGUGGUGGAGGACUGGAAGUACGUUGCUACAGUGACUGACCGGCUCUUCCUCUGGCUGUUUGUGGUGGUCUGUGUGCUUGGGACCACAGCAAUGUUCUUGCAGUCACUCUGCCAGGACUUCCAGCUCAAGAAAUUAAUCCCGUUUGGUGCUCCUGAACAGCAGUAGGAUUCGGCAAGGCCAAUUCUCCCUCCAUGCUCAAUGCACCACCCCUCACUCCUGCUGCUGAAUGGGACCACUGUCUGGAACAGAGGGUCCAGGCUCACACACCACUGGCUGCAAUGAUCAGGUUACAAGGGCGGGUGGGGGAGGAGAGAGACAGAAAAGAUUAAAAUAUCAGCCAGGCUCCCAUUCAUGAGCAGGAUGGAUGGGGGAGCCAAACACAGAUGGCAGACCUCAUCUCACUCAGAUACAGAGUAAAGCUUUCUCAUCAAACCUGAUUAAAGUGAGCGAGUAGGAUAGGGCAUAUUGAAUCCCACCCAACCUCAAAGCCCUGGGUUCAUCCAGUGAAGCACAGGGGGGGAGGCUGAAGGGAGGUAACCAAAGGGGACUGGAGGAACACUUUCAUCUCCACAGCUUCCUUCUCAAGACACAGCUCACUCACAAAAGCUCUACAUCAGUAUCAGUAAAGGGAAAAA